GCGGCGUAGCGUGAACGAGGCAAAAGAUUUGAUCGAAUGCGGCGGUUUAGGAGACGACAAAAAACGUGAACGGUUCGAUCGAGCCGAAAAAAACGAAGCGCCAGUUUGAAGAUCGUGGCGUCGCAACGAUCGACUUCCCGAAUAAAACUGACGAGAAGGUUAUUCAGGUAUCGGCCCUCGAAGUUUGUCAUUUGUGCCAACGAAAGUAUCAACAGCCGGAGCUCUUCGAGGCGACCGCGAUCAUAACAAAGUAAGCCUUGGAACAACUUUUUUUUUAUCGUAUAAUAUGAGACGACAAACGAAUGGAAGGUCGCGAUCUGGCGAUUGACGCAGGUCGGAAUUGGACGCAUUGAAGGAAGACAUGCGGAGGCUGCGGGGAGCCGUGGCCAGCCGCGAAAUGGAUCUGGAGCGAGCGAUCGAUAGAGAAAAUAGCUAUCGUGUGCAAUUGAAACGUUUAGCGGCUGAGGCCAUUAACGCGCGUCAACUUUCCGAUUCCCGUCACGCUGAACUCGAGAGACUCGCCCAGUCACUCACGGACUCGGAGAAGGAGCUGAAACUGGCACAAAAGGAGAUAUCGACUCUGAAGAAAAAUGCGAGACAAGACAAGAGACAAAGAGAGCUCGCGAACGGAAAGCUGGCGAAUGACGGAGCCGGACAGUGCACGAGAGAAAUGGGAAUGAUUGAUGACGAAUCAAGAGGAAUCGACGAUACCGAGACACAAUUAACGAGCCGAAAGAACAUUAGGCAGAGAUCGAUGAAGCCUCGCUCAACCGAGAGAACGAUGCUCAGUUCCGGGAUUACUUCCAGCAGCGAUCGGACCAUCGACGAACCGCUCACGGUAACAGAAAUCUUGGCGAAACUGUAAAACAUCGAACGGCAGACUCGCUGCGCCGCGGGCAAGCUCCGAACAUUUACGUUUCCUGAAUAAACGAAGAAUCUACGACUCUCUCGUCCGUCGGAGAAGUAAAAAACUGUCGUCCUUUCCUUCAAAAAUGGAUACGCGAAAGCUCCGGCUUUGGGAAACCGGACGUCGCCUCAUUAAAUUUUGUACGAGAUCGUAUCAUGUUCGACAAGAAAUAAAAUAAAGCUCGAGCUUUGAAGGAUACGAAAAGUCGUUUAGACUUCGAGAAACCGGACAUGUCUUUGCGUCAUUAUUUUUCAGCGGUAUCGUUUGAUAUAUUUAACGAGAAUAUACGAAAUCGGAAGAUUCAAUUUCAAUACCUUCGCCCGUCAGAAUGCUCCGUUACUAACAUAUUCCCGGCCGAAAUUUCCUUGAAGAAUUGCCGAGCCAGGAAUGCGAGACGGAAAAAAGCUCCCACUUUUUUUACGUUCAAUAUAAUGACCCUAGCUAAUAUUAAAGAUUUUUCGGCAGUUUAAUAUGCUGAUAAAUGAAGAGAAACGAGGAGGCGAAGAUGAGCGUUAAUUGACGAGAGCAUAAAAAUCCUUUUUUCUUUUUGUCCUUCCCGUAUCGUGGCGGAUUAAACCGAACGAUGACGAAAUUUUAAUUUCACGAUCGCCUCCGUCUCUCCCGUUGUACGGGUUCGUGAAUGCAUCCAUUGAUAAAAUAGAACAAUGCUGGACAAGGUAUGAAUUCUUCCUCAUUUAUCUCUUCGUACUCAUAUAAAAAAAUUUUUCCACACUGUUCUC